UGACAGAUGACAAAAACACGUAUGGAAAUAGGUUAUGUGGCACUAAAUAUUUUUAAAUAUUCGAUUGUACACGUUAACAAAUUGAAAAAUGCGAUAAAAAUCACCCAAAAUACUAUUUUAAAUAUGACGGAAUUUUCAUCUUAAUUCUUCAAUGCAAGAUACCUUAAAAGACGGUAUGGGGGUAAUAAGAGAUUGGAGAAAGGCUCUAAGGGCCCCAUUACCACAUCGGAUUGUUAAUAGAACAUUACACAACCAAACUAAUUUUGUGUUAUGGGUCGCAAUGAUUGGGUUGUUAGUUUUGGUUGUUUUCUAUGUGUUUCCUCGUAAAAUUCGAACCGAGCCGAAAGUUUUUGGGGAAUUUUAUAAUUAUACGUAUCCCUUAACGACUCCUAUUCUUAGUAAUGGGAUGUAUACAUUUAGAAUAGGUAUUAUAGCGGAUUUAGAUACAAAAUCAAAAAGUGAUAAAGAAAAAUUUACUUGGUAUUCUUAUUUAAAAAAGGGUUACUUAAGUUAUAGUCCCAAUAAAAGUAUUGUAACAGUUUCAUGGGAUCGACAAAACCCUGUUAGGGUUGAUACGAACUUUGCAUUAAAAGAUCGAGGGAUGGAACUGAGCGAAUUGGUUGUUUUUAACGGAAAAUUAUUAAGCUUUGAUGACCGAACUGGAAUGAUAUUUGAAAUUUUUCAAGAUAAAGCCACCCCGUGGGUUUUAUUAUUAGAUGGUGAUGGAAAAUCAACGAAAGGUUUUAAAUCGGAAUGGGCAACUGUAAAAGAUGGUUAUUUAUACAUCGGAUCGAUGGGAAAAGAAUGGACCACAGCAUCCGGAGAUUUCCAAAGUUAUAAUCCUCAAUUUAUCAAAAAAGUUUCUACGAAAGGAGAGAUCACUCAUUUACGCUGGGUGAAUGAAUACAAUAAAUUAAGAGAAUCAUUAAACAUUUAUUGGCCUGGUUACAUGAUCCAUGAAAGCGGCGUUUGGUCUGAAAUCCAUAAAAGCUGGUUUUUCUUACCGAGGCGAUGCAGCAAAGAAAAAUAUAACGAAACUUUAGACGAACACCGAGGUUGUUCCGUUUUAUUAAUCGCCGACGAGAAUUUUCACCAAAUCCAAGUGAUAAAUCUUCCUAAUUCGCACCCAACACGAGGAUUCUCAUCGUUUAAAUUCAUUCCGACUUCUAAAGACGAUGUGAUAGUAGCUUUAAGAACUGAGGAAUUGAAUGGAAACACGGCAACUUACGUCACCGCUUUUAAAAUAAACGGAGAGAUUCUUUUACCCGAUCAGUUAAUUUCUGAUUUAAAAUAUGAAGGAUUUGAGUUUAUAUGAAAUAGAUAAUUAAAUUUAAUAAGUUAUAAAAAAUAUUUUUGAAAUAAAAUUUUAAAAAAUUAA